GCAAUGGCCUGUGCGUCCGGUGUGCCAUUCUUUAUAAGUUGCCGCCCAACCGAUCUCGCGGCUCUCGUCCUCCCACUUCCUCUCCACCUCUGACUCAGCCACCACUUUUGAGUGACAGCGAUGCCGCGCUCAGCUUCAUCUGAAUGUGUCUCAUUGCCCAGCAUACAUGAAUUACUUCCAGAGCAUUUCUGUCGGCCUCUAGACGCACGGUCUCUCGAUGAGCCACGUUUAUUCACCAAAACGCCCCCUGUAACACUGGGAAGGAUGACACUGCCAUCACGACACCUAUCGUACCACGCAAAUCGGCCUUCCCAACCUCCGUCCAGGGACACGUCGCCUCGUGCGCAUGCGACAUUGUCUCCAGUGCAUAAUGCCGAUCACAACCGGGAGGAUGAUAAGAGACACGUAUGCCCCUUCUGCCCCAGGCGCUUCAACCGGCCCAGCAGCCUAGCGAUCCAUCUGAAUACCCACACCGGCGCUAAACCGUUUCCUUGCCCGGCUUGUGGCCGCCCGUUCAGCGUGAACUCGAACAUGCGUCGACACUAUCGCAACCAUUUUUCCGCCGGUCAUCGCUCGGGCACGCUUCGGAUGCCUCGCUUCGACGUCCACCGUGACCAGCCGCUCGAGAACCUGGACCACAAUGCGGUGAAUGCGAACUUGAACCUGACGCCCUAUCGCUACCCACCACUCAACCCUCCGGCUCAUUCGCGCUCCACUACACCGUCGACACACUCGGAAAUGCAGUACAGUGACAGUGACCAGGACAGCCUCGUCUCGAGCCCCCCGACGCGUGCCCGACCGGAGCGUAUGCUCCAAGGUUCGUUCGCCGCACGGAGCGCCGAGUGGGGAGGGCCGUACGAUCAUCAGGACGUUGUUGAACGAAUGCCAAGAACUAGCCGUUCUACCUCGUUGCAAAGCUUGUCGCUCCGUCCGGCGACGUCCUCGGCACAACGAUAGCGCUCUUCGAUAGAGUCGGUGAUCGUUGCCAGUGGUUUCCAGGUGCACAAUAACUUAUUAUCUUCUCUUGGACUGGUGCUUUCCAGUUGCUAUCCACACACCACAAACUAUGUAUCGAUUAUCGUCGCUGUGUUACUGUUAUUUCUAUUUACGAUUAUGAGAUUCGGGUUGAUCUAGAUAGCUACUCCGGGUAAAGCUGAUUUUGUACAAUAGGCGACUUGUAUGGACGCAACAGUCAUUGUCUUUUGCUGUCUUUGUCCUCACACAGCAGCGCUCUCGCGACGUUGGCAUGGUCUCGGCCAUGCACGGUAUGUGUCUGGACCCACGAUGCAUCGCACUUCGUGAAAUCCUUGAAUCGCGGAAGGGCUCUCGAAUUCGAGUUGAGGACACAGCCUGGUGCUAGUUUUUGAUGUAGCUCGCGCAGCUCAGAUGACAACUUUGUUCAAUAGUGCAGAAAGUGGA